AUGGCGAAAAGGGCGAAGGACACUGAUUUGCGUAGUCAAAUCGAGAAGAUUAUCAGAGGGUACAAGCCACAAAAACCCGCUGAACUGGCUUUGGAGGCGGCGAAGGGAAUCUGCAAAUCGCCAUUCACGGAAGACAUCCUGAAAGCCAAGAAGCCAGUUAAGUUCACCCAACCCAAGUUUAAGCUGUUCGAGGGCACGACUGAUCCCAUUGAACACAUCUACCAUUUUCAACAACAAAUGAAAAGAAGGAAAGACGUCACGAUCCUAUUCAGCACGAAGCAAAGUACUGGAGAAAGCCUUAAAGACUACCUGAGGCGUUUUACGGAGGAAAUGUCCACUCUUGAGGAAUGUGAUUCUCAUACUGCUUCGCUGGCGUUUCGUGAGGGGGUCAUACCUGGAACAAAAAUGCACAGGUCUUUAGUGAAGACCCCACCAGUGGAUAUGAGGGAGGUGAUGGCCCGGGCGGAUGGAAUCAUCAGACUAGAAGAAGAAGAGCUCACCCAGUCAAAGCGCACCACUUCCACCAUUGCAACCCCAAAGCCUCCACCGGAGCAAAAGGUGGAGACAAAGCGAUAUUCCUCGAGACAAGAUUUCAGCAAUGGACCUAAGCAGAGCCGACCCUUCACCAGGCUCACAGUGAGUUUAGCUAAACUCUUUCACGAGAACAAGGGCAAAGGUAUAUUCCGAACACCACCUGCGAUCCGCGAAUCCCCAGAAAAGCGCGACAGGAACAAGAUGUGCGCCCAUCAUAAUGACUUUGGACACACUACUGAUGACUGCCGAAGUCUCAGGUAUCAGGUGGAGGCAAUGCUGAGAAAGGGAAUGUUAUCCCAAUACCGAGCCGAACCUGAGAAUAGGGCAAGUGAAGAGGGCGGGUCAAAAACAAUGACCGGAAAUAUCGCAAAUGAAGAACUGCUGGAGAUCAACACCAUCCAUGGCCGGUCAAAUCCCGCGGAAGGAAGAGAGGCUCGAUCCCGAUUCGAAAAAAGACAAGCUGAAAAGGUGAGACGCAUAAACGGGAUCGCGUCUGCCUCUGAAUCUGCCAAAGCCCUGGAAAAGAUUAGAGUCAUCUCGUUCACGCAAAAAGACAUGGAAGGAAUUGAAUUCCCUCACAACGACGCGCUGGUGGUGACCCUCCGCGUUGCCAAUUCAAUGGUAAAAAGAGUGAUGAUUGACGGGGGAAGUAGCGCAGACGUGUUAUUCUGGAGCACCUUCAAGAGAAUGAAGCUAGAUGAAAAGGAGAUUCAACCAAACCCAACACCGAUCUACGCAUUCGAAGGGACGAAAGCGCAACCAAUCGGAGACGUGACCCUGCCAGUCAUUGCCGCAGGUAAGACCUUAUUCAUUACUUUCGUAGUUGUGGAAGCGCCGAGCGCGUAUAAUGCUAUAAUGGGAAGGAAUUGGAUUCAUCGAAUGGAUGGAGAAGCAUCGACACGUUGUGAAGUGAUGAGGUGCAUAUCUGAGGAUGGAAGAACCACAAUUGAUAUCAAGGGGGACCAAGUGGAGGCCAGAAGAUGCUACAGCAUAGCAACUAAUCCUAAGGCUGCGACUUCGCAGCAGAGCGAGGAUUUAUAG